UAACACUUGUUUAGCUUAGCAUGGCCGAAGGUGUUGGGUAGGACGUAAAGUACAUAUGAAAAAAAGAGGUUUAAAAAUGAGACUGCAACGAGUAUUGUGUUCAGCUGCAAAAUUCAGGGAUGUUUUUGACUUUGGUAAAAGAGACGUUGCACACUGGUUUCCUGGGCACAUGGCAAAAGGGCUCAAACAAAUGAGGGCAAGCCUGAAGAAAGUGGACUGUAUCAUAGAAAUCCAUGAUGCCAGAAUACCGCUUUCUGGACGGAACCCUCUCUUUCAGGAAAGCUUGCACAUCAGACCACAUUUACUUGUGCUGAAUAAGAUGGACUUGGCCGAUCUGUCUAACAAACAGCGGAUUCUGGGGCAGCUGGAGAAGAAAGAAGUGAGGCACGUUGUGUUCACAGACUGCUUGCUGCAGAGGGGUGAGCAAGUCAAGAAGGUCGUUCCCCUGGUAACGGAGCUCAUCGAGAACAGCCCUCGCUUCCACAGGGCAGAGGACAUGGACUAUUGCGUGAUGGUGAUUGGAGUGCCCAAUGUUGGGAAGUCUUCUCUGAUAAAUGCCAUACGAAGAAUACAUUUGAAAAAAGGCAAAGCGUCUAGAGUUGGCGGGGAGCCAGGGAUAACCAGAGCAGUUUUGACAAAAAUCCAGGUCUGUGAAAGGCCUGCUGUGUAUUUGCUAGAUACCCCUGGAGUCCUGCCUCCCAGAAUAGAAAAUAUAGAAACGGGAAUGAAGCUGGCGCUGUGUGGAACUAUAUUGGACCACUUAGUGGGUGAAGAUAUCAUUGCUGAUUACUUACUGUACACUUUGAACAGGAUGGAGAAAUUUGGCUAUGUGGAGAAGUACGGGCUGGAGGAGCCCUGCGAUGACAUCCAGCACGUCCUGAAGCAGAUCGCAGUGAAGCUCGGGAAGACGCAGAGGGUAAAGGCCAUCACUGGAGUGGGCAACAUCACCAUUACCAUGCCAAACUACAGCGCUGCUGCUUACCACUUCCUCAGAGCCUUCAGGAAGGGGGAUCUGGGCCGGGUGAUGCUGGACUGAUGCAGUAUUCUCUGGUGGCGUCGCCAUCACUGAGCGUCUCUCCGGGGGUAUCGCCAUCACUGGGCAUCUCUCCGGGGGUAUUGCCAUCACUUUGCCCGACUACAGCCCUGCUUCAUCACAUCCUACAGGAGCUAAACUGAACAAACGCACUGACAACCUGAGCACCCAGACCCGUACAUGUUGAACAUGGGAAGAAGAUGUGUUUUUUACAACCGUUGCUCUCAGCUGUAGCCAAGGCAACCAGCCUCUCCACACUGAGACCUAGCUUGUGUUUUGAUCAUGGAAAAUAAUUCAUUUUAUGUUGCGCUGUGACAGGCAUGUAACAUAAUUUGAAGAGGGUGUUGUUGGACUGCGAUCAUGGCGGUGAUAUAAUUCUUGGUUAUUUUUGUGAUCUGCAGAUUAAGCCAGUGGUUUAUAUCUCUUGAAAGGUGAUUUGCCAGAAAUAAUGCUGAUUGAGGUUUGUUUAAUUGUAAUUUAGAUUACAUGCAAUUUGCUAAGAAUGUCUUUUACACUACCAGUAGUAACAUCAGGGAAAACUUGUUUAAAAGAUGGCGUUCCUUAACUUCAAAUAAUUGUCCAAUAUAGCAUUUCUUCUUUUCAAGAAAGAGAGUACAAUAAAAGCCUGUGUUUUACGUCUAAUUCUGCGUCUGAUGCACAGAAAAUCGGCAAAAGCAACUGCUGAAGUAACGGCUUUUGUUUCGUAUUCUAAUACCAAAGACUAACCUGUUCACACUAUUUAUUAAAGCAAAAUAGAAGUCCCCUCUCAACACUUAUGCCCUCUUAAGCCAUAUUUGAGAUGAGAGCCUGACAGACAGUAGAGAGUGGGACAUAUGUCUAUCCAGACCAUCCAUCACUUCUAUACCAGAACAAAUUGGUCAUGCUUUAAGCAUCAUAUCUCCUCUGCAAUUGCUUGUUGAGACAAAGCUUGAUUAUUCAAUCAAGCAAUCCGUGUGAUAGGUGUAUAGCACAUUGAAUGCAAGCUAGAUAUCUGACAUUAUGUAUAUUGUAUGUGUUUCUCUGGACAAUAAUUGGUCAAGUUUUUUGAAUGAAGCUUUUUUAAUUAUUAUCAGUCGGUAGUUUUUUGUUAUUCCUUUAGGACUAUACAGAUUCAAACAUUCGUUUUACUAAUCCAUUUCAUGGUGAGACAAACUCUUCACUGUAAACCAGUAUUUCAGUAAGACCUCUGUGAGGCAGAAAUUUGUGAGUCAAUGAAGUAUACAUCAUUAUACUAAUUUGAGUCUCAAUAUUGAAGGCUAAGAAGUAGGAUUGCUUUUGUAAUGAAAACAUUUUCGAUAGUUUACCAGGUCUUGGCACCCGGAGGGUGGCUUCUGUUAAAGUGUAAAUAGUUCACCUUUAAAUUUCAGUUUCAAAUCUAAUAAAAAUUACAAUCGAUCGUA